GCAGUACGAAGCAAAUGUGUGUCCAGUUCAGUCAAAGAGUUGAAAAAAGGCGAAUUGAAACAGUAGAGUCAAGUUGAACUGCGUACCGUGGGCCUGGGCUCUGGCUACCCCUCUCCCGCGGAUCAUCUUGCAUAUGAUCCAACAGCACAACCUCUCGUCUGAUUUUGGUUCGAAACGAAGAGAGAAACCCCCUUGUUGUGUGCGAAACAAAGAGAUCAACGGACUACGAGGAGGGUUAAUUUUUUUUUUUCUCUUUGGUUCGGAGGAGAGGCCAAAGUCGAUGGAUCACGAGCUGUACAACAACAAGCCUCAGGCGAGGGGCGUAAGAGCAAUCAUGGUAGCGACUGGUUGUGAAUGGUCGCAGAAGGAUACGCGAUGUACCGUAGCCCAGUGCGGGUCGGGCCAGUCAGCAGUCGAUGAGAGAGAGAGGGAGAGACGCGACCGCUCUCCCACUACUAUGGAACUAACUAGAUACUACUUGUUAUGUUGUAGUAAGGUACGGGGAUUAGUAAUAAUGCGAACCAUUCGAUCGAGCAUGAUUACGGGCAGUCACCAGCUGAAAAAAAAAAAGAAAAAGUCCCAGUCGGCUACUCCGCAUUUGUGGGUAAUCCGAGCGAGUCGUCAAAUAGCAAUUCGUCCUUAUAAUAUGCUGAAGGAUAGGUAAAGUUGCCCGACCCUAGUCGACCUGACGAGUUAAGAGGAUAGGAUGGAUAGAUCGAGGGAUUCAGUGAAAUGGGAGGGUCAAUUGUGUCCAUGGAGAGAAUGUGUCCAGCAUUGUCGCAUUAGGGAUCACACAUUAUUAUCUCAACUACGACAAAUAGAUUAAAAUUCCUUGAUAACGACGACUUUGGUAGGCCCUCCGUACUAGUUUAG